AUGCACUCCGCCGCAGUGCGGCGCCGGGAAGAAGCGGCGAAAUCCCUGAUUGAGCUGGAGACGGAGUACGCCCAGAUAGUAGCGGAUCUCCCGAUACUUGAGGCGAGGAAGGCGGCUGCCGAGAAAGAACAGGAGGCACAAUGGGCUGAGCUGGAAAUGAAGCAGAAUGAAUUAGAGACUGGCCAUUACGAGAGCGAAUUCAGUGAUGACGCGACAUCUUGCAUCCGAUGGCGCCAAACAGGCGGCUGCAUCGCCACUGGUCCGCGCGAAAGUCACAUGGACAAGUCGUGCUCCAACGUCAUCAAGCGAGAUAGCUCAGGGUAUUGUGAGUGCAAGACGAAUGAUGAGAAGGACGAGCGUGAAGAGGAUGAAGAAGGUGUCGAGCGUGAGGCUGAGGGUGAAGGAAUGAAGAUGCACAGGGGUACCGUCACAUACCGCUUUUCAUGUGGUCACCCUAACUUCACAUGUAUGUAUGUAUGCGACCACAGCGGUGAGGUGGGUGUUGGCAAGGAGACCCCAAAGCUGCAAAACUUCACCAUCUUGGACGAGGUGCGCGCGGCUAGAGAGUCUCUCGAGAGGAAGAAGAAUCGACUGGAGGAAGUGAAGAGGGCGAUGGAGGCGGUAAAGAAGCUGCUAUCUUCUUCAACGAUCACCACGGAGAAUCUGCUUCGCACACUCGAGGAGGAGGAGUUCACGCUUGAUUUCGAAGAGUACACAUAUGCGGUUAUCAUGUUUGACAAAGUGUACCAGCGCGAUAUCGGGAAGACGACGGGUGGAAGUCUUCUGGGCUCGUGGAAGUCGUUUGCAGAAAACACGUACUCUGUCUGGGCUAAAGACGCAUACGAUUUGUCCCAGAUGAUCUACGAUAACGGGUGGAGGUGCUGGAACGGCGUAGUGCGGAACGUCGAGGUGCAUCUUGUAUGUGGCCCGGAGAACAAGCUGAUAGCGGUGGAGGAGCCUUCCAUGUGCAACUACCGCAUGGUGUUUGAGACGCCGGCGAUGUGUGACGAUUGA